UUCGGGCUAUCUUGCCGUUAGUCUCUACAAACACCCGGCGUGUGUUAUUUCUAAGUUAUUUGUGUCUUCUUUCAGUAAUCUUUAAUCAAACAAGUUUUCUCCAUUCUGAUGGACCUGACCUUAGUCGGGUGUGUUUUAUCAGCUCAAAAGGAAAGUUCGUCUCUCAGGCUUCUUGGUUGGCUAACGUUUGUAAACGUAUGGUUAGCUAACUUGGCUAGCAUGUGUUAACGUAUGCUGAUAAAGAAAAGUCGCGUUAACUGUUUAUACAGUUUUUCUCUCCACGGACUUUUUGAUAAAGUGGCUUCUUUAUAGUUAUCCGGGUUCCGUUUGAUAUAGUUAAAUCCUGCGCUGACUUGUCUGUUUUGUAAGCUUAACGCUAACGGUGAGCUCGGCAUUCCUGCCUGGAGUUUUGCUCGAUUCGUUUGUGACAGCUAGCUUUUGUCACCUGCAAUGAUGGACUUCGACAAUAUAUUGAGCAUCGCCUCGCAAAACCAGGGCCUCAGCAGUGUACAGAAGAGAUACAGUUUACAAGCUGGACCACCCAAAAAGGACCCAAAGUCAAAAGGUGUAAAUCCUGCUGCUGUGCAGGCGCUUCUGAAGAAGCGACAAGUUGAGACAAAAAAUAAAGAGCUGCAAAUGAAGAAACAGAAGGAGAAACUACUCGCCAAGAGGGUUGAGUUGAAGUCGGACCGUAAAGCACGAGCAAUGGCUUCCAGAACUAAGGACAAUUUCAAAGGCUACAAUGGCAUCCCAAUGGUAGAGGGUCCUAAGAAGAGGAGAUCCAAACUAGAAAUGCAGGAAGACAAUAUGAACACUGCAGACGGAUUUAGGAAUGACUCAGUUGACCCAGAGAAUGACGAGGAUAACUAUGAGUAUGAACAGACAGAUUCAGAGCCAGAGCCAGAGCCAUUGAGACCAGGGAAAGCCACAGGUAUUAGUGGAAGUAGUAGCAGCAGCAAGCCCUUCUCUAAAAAACCCAGUGGGCCACCCAAGCCUGCUCCACCUCCCAUGAACUUUGCAGACUUACUUAAACUGGCAGAGAAGAAGCAGUUUGAGCCAGUUGAUCUAAAGCCCAAGGUGGUGAGAAAGGAAGAAAGGCUUCGCACAGCUGAUGAGAUAAAGGAACUGGAGAUGGAGCGCAAAGCUAAGAGACAGGACAAAGAUUCAAAGGCAGAGAGAGAGAGGGACAACAAGUCCCAAUCUAGCUCUAGUUCAAUAAGAAAAAUCACUUUAGAGAAGGAACAGAAGAACUGCAAACCACAAAAGGACUCCUCAGAAAAACCAAGUCUACCCAGUGGGUCAGGAAAGAAGUCGCAUAGUGAUAGAAGCCACUCUUCUUCUAAGGCCUCUGUUAGUGACAGGGAAAGAGAGAGACCCAAGACUUCUCACAGUGAUAAAGACAGAUUCAAGACUAGUUUAGCUAGUUCAUCUGGUGCCAUAAACAGUAAAGUUCCCUCAAAAUCUGCAUCUCAGGUGUCAGCCAAACAAGGGGGCCCCAGGCCCUCACCUAGCCACAAAUCCAGCACCUCAAGUGACCUUAGCUACAAAAAAGAAAACCCAUCAUUACUUCAAGGAAGAGCUUCAGGUAUUCCUGGGACCAGGUCGCCCGGUACAGCUGUCACAGGCCAAAAAUCUCAACAUGGGAGCUCCCAGCUGGCCAGGCCCAGUCAAGGUAGCUCCUCAAAACAGGGUCCUACAUUUGGAGGCCACAAGUCUGGAAAAGGAGAACCACUAAGGCCUGGAAAUAAUUCUGCAGUAAAAUCAAGUGGUAAUUCAGUGAUGAGAAAUUCAUUAGGUGGCCCUCCUAAGGCAGGGAGCCAAACUCAGCCAAGGCCUGGAGGCACACUCCAGGCAAAAGCUGGUGGUGUCUCACAGGCUAGGCCUGGUGGGAGUGGUCUACAGGGCCAUCCUGGAGGUAGCGGAUCCCGACCUCCAGGGACUGGACCUGGUCGGCCUGGUAUGGGGGGAGGACUGGUGCCCGGGCGAUCAACUGGCGGCUUGGGAUCAGGACCUGGAAGACCCAAGUGCACUGUGGUGUCAGAGACCAUCUCAUCCAAGAAUGUCGGUGGACCCAGACCAGGAGUCCCUCCUCGGCCAGGCAUGCCACAGAGACCUGGGAUGCCACCUAGACCUGGGAUGCCACCCAGAGCGGGAAUGCCGCCUAGACCUAUGAUGAACAGACCACCAGGUACAAUGUUGCCACCUAUCACAUCUGCCUACAAGAGGAAAUAUGAAGAUGAGGAAGAUGAAUAUGACCCAGAAAUGGACGAUUUUAUUGAUGAUGAAGGUGACGACCCAGAUGAAAUUUCCAAGCACAUUAAGGAAAUCUUCGGCUAUGAUCGAACCAGGUACAAGGAUGAGAGUGACUAUGCACUUAAGUUCAUGGAGAGCAGCUGGAGAGAUCUGCAGAAAGAAGAGGCCAGGAGCCUGAAACUGGCUGUGCAAGAAGAUCUGGAGGAGGAGAGAAGAGAGGAAGAGGAGAUGAAAAGGAGAAAUGGCAAGCGGAAAAAAAACAACUGAGGUCCCUGAAAUAACCCCUUCCCCAAUGGGUCGGCUGCGAAGCCCAGUGACUGUGUACCCCAUGACUUUCUUUCUGAUUUCAUCACUUUUCAGACAAAAACUUCAGUGGAGUGACACGUGACAUUGGCUCAAGAGGAAAAGAGAGGAAGAAUUUCUUAACCUGAAAAGGUCAAAGAUAAAAUAUGCACAAAUCAUUCAGGCAUUAGGUCGUUAGGAUAUAAUGAAAAGUUCUCGCAUUGUCCCUGUUGUAUUAUUUAUUUCCCCCAGAGUGCAGGGUUUACACUGUCCUCAGCCCUAAUUUCUAAAAGAAACUGAGCUGCAAAGAGAAAUGUGGAUGUAUGGAAGAGUGUGUGCUUUUUUUUUUAAGACUAACAAUGGCAUACAAUGUCAAGUGCUGACAAUGUGCUAUUUUUGAGCAGAAGAUGUUGCAUAUUUUUCCAAACUUUGAUUAUAAAGUCAGCUGGAUAUGCAGAAACCA